UCUGACAGCUGGGCCCACCACAGGCCCGGUUGAGCGGACAGAUUGUUCUGGCCACAGUGAUCUCGUGAGCUAAAGCUCAUGGACGGAUGGUUCUUCCUCCUCUCAUCCGUCCUCACUCAUCAGUCCUCCAAGUCCCUCCGUCGUCCAUCCAGGAAAGUUGUCAUGAGCAAAGGCAAAUCGGUGGCGAUGUCCUCCGCCGGACACAGCGCCGGCGCGAGCCCUACAGACGGAGGAGCUGAUCCGCUGUCCAUGUCGGAGACGCCGUGUGCCAUGCAGCCCGGGGUCCUCCCUCUUCUCGGGAGGCCAUACUUCACAUGCAUCCUCUGCAAGUCUCAUGUCAAUCAGCCGUUCCAAGUGGUGGUGCCCAGGUCGCUGGCGCCGUUCCUCCCGGCGACCACGGUGCCGGCGACGGUGACGCGGCACGGCCGGUCCUGGGAGAUGCGGUUCACGGGGGGGCGGCAGAUCCAGCGCCUGGAGGCCGGGUGGCGGGGCUUCGCGCUGGACAACGGCCUCAUGCUCGGCGACGGGUGCGUCUUCGAGCUGCUCGACGGCAAGCCGGAGGGCGUGGUGUUCAGGGUGCAGGUGCUCCGCGCCCACAUCCCCGAGGAGAUCCGGGAGCGCGCCGGCGGGUACACCUCGUCCACCCCCAUCCUCAUCGAUUAGCUCACCCCACGGCUGCUGUACUGUGUAUCCCCCGUGUCUUGCGGCCGUCUGUUUGCCACUGUUAGUGCGGCCUGAAACUAUGACUUAAUUGAUGUGCAGAGUGCAGCGCAGAGCUGAAACCUGAUGAUUGCUGAGAAUUUCUUGUACCUUGUUUAGUUCAAAAAAAAUUUGCAAAAAAAUCGACGCAUGUAUGGAACAUUAAAUAUAGAUAGAAAUAUAGAUUUUCCGUCGCAUCAAA